GCGGCGGCAGCAGCAUCAAAGAGCCCCGAUUCCUGUCGCCCUGGGAGCCAUGCUCUGCUGUCUGUAAUGUCAGCGGAACAAGAGAAGGACCCGAUCGCGCUGAAGAGAUCCCGAGGUGGUGACAGUGGAUUGGAUGGGUUAGGAGGACCAGGAGUACAACUUGGAAGUCCUGAUAAGAAAAAGCGCAAAGCAAAUACACAGGGAUCAUCAUUUCCUCCUCCGUCUGAAUAUGCUCCACCACCGAAUCCAAGCUCUGACCACCUUGUAGCUGCAAACCCAUUUGAUGACAACUAUAAUACUGUGUCUUAUAAACCACUACCUUCAGGAAAUCCAUAUUUUAGUAAUCCUGGUUAUCCUGGCUUUGGAGGUUAUAACACUUUUAGAAUGCCACCUCACAUGCUGCCCAGAGUGUCCUCGCCAUAUGGUGGUUCUUAUUCCCUCAGAAAUCAGCCGCAUCCAAUUCCUCAAAACCCCGUGGGAAUGGGUUUUAGUCGACCUCACUCUUUCAGUUUUGGUCCACAUGAUAACCCAGCUUUUGGGAAUCAACCACCUUAUAGUAGCGGUCAAAUAAAUCAAAAUGUCAAUAUGCCUGGUCAGCACUUUAGACCAAAUCCGGGUGAGAACUUUGGUCAUUCUGGUCAGAUACCUCACCCUGAUGUGCCAUCUAACUUUGGUCCUGGAAACAAUCCCAAUUUCCCAAGUUCUCAGCUAGAGUCAAACCAUUCUUUUGUUCCUCCACCAAACACGUACAACCAGAUGAAAUCAUCAGCACAAAAGCAAGACUUUAGUCAAGGUGCAAUCAAAGCAUCCAGCCAGAACACUGCUGCUCAUCAGCAUCAUCACAGGACAGAGGACAUUGUGAGUCAAGGUAACAGUGACCUAAAAAAUGUUUCUCGAAACAAUGUGGUAAAUCAGGAUAACAGCCAUUCUAAUAGUGCUGAAAACACAAAUGCUGGUCAUUCAAAUGGGACUCAGAGUAAGUCCCGCCAGCCUCGAGGUACUGCUGAAGGAUGCAACUCUGAAAAGAGCAGCAAAAUACCCCUUCAUCCCAGUCGCCAUGGUCACUCGUCCUCUGAACCUGUCUAUCCAUGUGGAAUUUGUACACAUGAAGUUAAUGAUGACCAGGAUGCCAUCCUGUGUGAAGCCUCUUGUCAAAAGUGGUUUCAUCGGAUCUGUACAGGCAUGACUGAGUCAGCUUAUGGCCUUCUUACAGCAGAAGCAUCAGCAGUGUGGGGUUGUGAUACCUGCAUGGCUGACAAAGAUGUCCAGUUAAUGCGUACCAGAGAGACUGCAGGACCACCUGCCUUGAAUACGGAUGGCUAACUACCUGGAUUGGUCGUGGUGGCUGAAAUACUUGCUAUCAAGAUCUGCUUACAAAUUGAGUACUUCACUUUCUGCAGACAAUCAGUUGUGUUUGAUUGCUGUCAUCUUUGUUUUUCCAUAAUCUGUUUUCAUUCAUGAACUUCCAUCUCAGCUUUUGUACUCUUAGUGUUAUCUGUGCAAAUGUUUUACAGGAUGGAUUAAUUAUUUUUCUGAUUAAACUGCAAAUCAUAGCUGACAACUGGUCAGAAGUAGGAUGUACAUUGACAAUGUUAUUGAAGGCAAAAAUGUGCCUGCAUGAAUAGCCCCUGAUUUGCUAGUGUUAAUGUGUUAGCUAACACUAGCAUUUAGUGCUCUUUUUUAAUGGUACUAUAUUUGCAAGUACUCAUUACAUUUUUAUUUUUUGGGUGAAUAUCCAUUACUGAUGUUCUUGCUGUCCUUUCUUUGAAUAUAAUGGAGAUGACAUGGAGCAAUGUGCAGCACUAAUAGUGUUUAUUUUAGGGUAAAUGCAGAGGAUUUAACAUGUGCUUUUUCCCAUUCUUGAAGUAAAGCAUUAGCACACUAUUCAAGAAUUGAUGACUUCAUGCUUAGUAACACAAUGAAACCCGCUAACUCUGACACAUCUAUAUUUCCUUGAAAAGGCAAUGAUCUCUUUUGACUUCUUAGCAGAUGCUUACUUCCUGAAGACUUUUAGGUCUUUGCAAUACUUAGAGAUAGUUACAAAAUGUUACUACAUUGGAGAAAGAAUACAUCCAGUUUAUGAAGUCCAGUGCUUUUAAAUCUAGAGAAUACCAAAAGUAGGGUUGGAUAUGUAACCUUAAUUCAUUUAUCUUAGCACAUACAUUAGGAUACAGUCCCUGCUUCUGUCACGGUUGUGCAGUCCUGCACUUCUCAUCCUGUCUCACUGAUGUUCUAGCCUCCUGCCUCAGUGCUGCCUGGGAAUUGGGAAUGACCCCGUGGAGGGAAAGCCAUGCCCAUCUUCUGGGGCUCUCAACUAGAGCCUGCUCGAUCCUCCUGAGUUUACACAGUCUGCUUGGCAUGGAGGAGGGUGCAAGGCAAUGGAGGAUACUCAGCACAAGCUCUGAAUUGCAAGUUAAUUUUGGCCAACAAAGUCUUAAAACUGAAUUUCCACCUCAGCCAGCCUUGCAGUGAGGGCAUGAGAAGUCUAGGGUGAAGAAAAACAUAGCUCUCACAUCAGUUAAAUUUAGCUCAGAACAGGAGCAAGUGAUCAGAAGUUUAGCUUUUUUGCUAACCUUUUUAUCCUACUGACAAAUAUGAAUGGUACUAGAGCUUCAUGUGUGAUGCUAAGAAAUCUGUUAUAAUAUGGCUAAUUUCCUCUUUAUCUUAGAAAUAAUCCUCCCCUUUUUUUAAUGUGGGGAAACAUCUAGCCUUGAAGACUUCAGCCUUAGCAAUGUGAUAAAGUUGCAUAUGCAACUGAAAAUUAGUGUUUCUGCAGAGAGAAGUGUUUUAAUAAAAGGUGGCACUGCAAUAACAGAUUCUGUUUGUAAUACCACUGUGAUGGAAACUUAGUUCUUGAUCAGCAAUGAAAUCAUAUGUCACGCAUUGUAGGUAAUAGUCAUGUUCCUUAAUAUGAUAAAUUGUUCAGGUCUGUGGUGAUGAGUGAUGUAGGGGCCUAUAUAGGCUACAGUAAUUUAUAUAAAGAGGUUGUUUUUACGGUAAGCUAUGCUAAUGAAUAAAAAGUAAGGCCUGUUUGCUAGUUCACCAUUGCAUUGGGUUUUAAGUGUGCUCUACUGUCAUACUUCCCUAGAAAAUACUGUGCAGAUCUACGUAACUGUCCAUGUUUUAAAAGUUUGAUAGACUUCUUUACUGAAAAAGUCCUGUGUUGCCCAGGUUUUUUGUCUUGCCUCUCAUCAGGAAAAAGGAAAUAAUAUCUUAAGUGUAAAAGACACAGUUCAUAUCUUGAGGAUUUCCUGUAUGGAGAUGUGGAGAAAGUCUAAGGCAGAUCCAGGUCUUUUGUUUUCAUCACUAUUUGCUUUAUUUAGUACAGAGACUGAACUUAAUCUUGUUUUCCAGUACCUGAAAGAGGCCUGUAAGAAGGCUGGGGAAGAUCUGUUCACAAGUGCAUGUAAUGAUAGGACGAGGGCUAAUGGUUUUAAGCUAGAAAAGGGUAGAUUUAGGUUGGACAUGAGGAAAAAGUUAUUUAAUAUGAGGGUGGUGAAUCACUGGAACAGGUUGCCUAGAGAGGCGGUGGAGACCCCAUCCCUGGACACAUUCAAGGUCAGGCUUGAUGGGGCUCUGAGCAGUCUGGUCUAGUGUGAGAUGUCCCUGCUUAUUGUAGGGAGGUUGGACUAGAUGACCUUUAGAGGUCCCUUCCAACACAAGACAUUCUAUGAUUCUAUUAUUGUUUUGUUAGACAUGUGAUAUUUAAAAACAAACAACAAAAAAAUAGCUAAGCAACAACCUCUGUUAGAGAGAUUUAUUAUUCAGUAGUUUUCCUAACGACUGACUAUUAGAAUUUGCUUUUGGUCUCUAAAGUAGAAAUUAUACCAAACCUUGUUGAGAUAGAUUUGUUCCUCUAGGAAUCAAUUUCAUCCUUGCAACAAUUUGCACUGUGAAGGUAGUGGAGCUGAUUGAGACUUGGAGCAACAUAAGUUAAAUAAAAAAUUUUGCUUGGUGAAAAUUCAACAAAAGCUCCAAUGAUGAUACUGUUACCCAGAUGUGCUCUUCACAAUAGCUUUCCCACUCCCACACCCUCUUUCUGUUGUGAGAAGGUGUUGGGGGCAUUUGUUCUCAGAAGUCCAGCGAAUGUUUUAAUAUUUUGGAGCAGUUGUUGUAUUUAAUAUAGCCACGUAUUUCUUAGUCUCUUCCUCAACCCUACAUGAAGUUAGCCAAGUGCUUUUUAUAUUAGCAAGACAUCAGAAUUUGUGUUCUUACAAACUUAAAAUCAACUGGAGUAUCAUUUUUUAAGGCCUUCAAUUGUGUAUUUGUGAAACUUACUCUAACAAUGUAUUUCAGUUUUUCUAAACUGGUACUAUGUUUGGUUUGUAGCCUAGUAAUUUUUCUACUUUUAUUAAUCUACAUAUUCAAGGCAUCAGCAAAUGUCAGUUGUAUCAAAUAAAAACAAAUUAACAACAAAACCAAAUGUUAUCACACUGGUCAUAGAGAUAUGACUAAUUAGGAUCUCAGAAAAUCACCCAGCCAAUAUGCUUGCCCUAUGCUCUUGGCAUACCUGGACUCUUUAUCUAGAGAGAGGGUUAUACUUUGUUUUUCUCUGAAUGUGUUGAGUAGUAGUAGUUCAAGUAUGCACAGGAAGAACAACAAUCAUGUCUUGUUAGUGAGCUACUAGGAAAAUAUCAGCUGGUUAGAUUUAGAAAUUAGUUAUA